AUGGUGGAUGUGGACUCAUUAGAUAUUUCUUCUUCUUCUUCUUCUUCUUCUUCUUCUUCUUCUUCUUCUUCUUCUUCUUCUUCUUCUUCUUCUUCUUCUUCUUCUUCUUCUUCUUCUUCUUCUUCUUCUUCU